AACACGAUUGGAUUGGCUCGGGGCCGGUUGGUGGGCCGGGUGCGCGUUGCCAUGCAACCAGCUGCACGUUCUGAUUGGUUGCGGCUAAGACCACGGCCCAAAGCAAAAUAAUCCCCUGCAGAAGCAGGCAUCUCGGUUCUCAUCCACGAUCCGCAUCUGUUCCGUCGCGCCGCAUUGCUCAAGCUACAGCAACAUUGUUGACUCCCCAAUGAUGGGUAUAUCCGACACGUAAAUCAUUCAUAAUCCGACAGGAACACGCCUCCACUAGUUCACCAUUGCCUGCAGAACAUUAGGAUAGACGGAGUUACACAGGGUCGAAAUCAAAACACAGCACGAAUCCCGGGGUUUGGGGGAGGACACCAACAACAACAAACCAGUCACAGAUAUGGCAACGGCAUCGCCAACCCCAAUGGGGGCUGGGAGCCAUUUUACGGCCCUGGGAAGGAGAACAUCCGCUCGACAAGCCCUCCGACGACCACCCUCGAGACAGCAGCUUAGUCGAAGCGACUCCAACCCAGUCCCGCUAUCCGCGGCAGCCGCCGCCAGCAAAGAAUCGAAGGCGCAGUCGCAACAGUACUCGACGCUCAAUGACAGCUCUGACGAUGAGAUACCUGUGCCUAUGAAGCUAAGCGCUCUCACAAAGGCCCUGCUUAACGACGGCCAUGCCUCCGAGGCCUCAUCCGCUCCUGCGGAGCGUCCCUCCUCACCGAUCCGGGCGACCUCGAGGAUGACGCGGCGCAGCGUGCUUGCAUCGUCGACGUCUUCGAAUGCGGACGAUAGACAGACACAGAACAGAGAGGUCAGGAGACACGUUCGCGCAGGAAGUGCGCAAUUGCCGUCCUCAAGACCGACGUCUCCAGCGCGCAGCCGUGAAGGCAGUCCGCCUCCGAGGAAAAGAGUGGUCCGAUUAAGUGCCAGUACUACCACCCCUGCAGGAGGAAGCUUGAAUCAUCGGCUUCGGCGGUCCCUGUCGACGUCAACAACCGCACAUCGGAAAAGACCAGAGAGCAGGGAUAGGUCGGAAGAGAAGAACCUACAGCAGCCGCAACACCAACACGCCGAGAAACCUCAGACUAGUAACCAGGAGGAACCCCCUCUCGAUGUCAAUACUCCGGUUCUUCCUGUUCGGACAGUGCGGAUCGCCGUUGGCUCAUCCGGGAACAAGGGGCGAUCGGGUGGCUCGUCCGGGAUAUCGUCAAAACGCUCGGCGGGUUACAGUGAUCAGGAGGUGCCCGAUGAUCCCGGAACAGUUGGGCGAACACAGCCCGCCUUGAGUCAAGGAAGUGUCUCGCGAUACGGGGUCAGAAAGGACGACAUUGCCCCCCAGAGCUCAAUGCGGGUGAAGAGAGUGACCAAACUCCCGGGCAGCUUUCUGAGCGGCCCAGCUCGCCGAGGCAAAAGAAGACAGAGCGAGGAGGAUGCCGAAGGUCAAGGCGACGGUGAACCGCUUGUUUCCAGCCAGGAGCGCGGCAGCCAACCACCGCAAGAAAUAGGACACGAUCCAGUGGACCUCCCGGCAUCUCCUUUCCUGGCCUCGAGCUAUCGCGAUUUUGCGGCCACAGGCAGCCCCGUGAGUGCUAAGAGCUCCGCCAGGGCGGCCAUCCGAAAACAAGCAUCGAGCGCAAAUGUUGGGGAAGCGAAAGCACACGAGCCCGAGAGAGGACAUCGAGAAUCGCCUGCCUACAAGCGCCCUGCGCCGCCACCAAACCUCCCCGCCACCCACGACAAAGAAAAUGAGGUGCCUUCCUCGUUUAGGCGGAGCAAGCCGUCGUCAGCGGUGCUGAUCGACGCAGACCUUGGCAAACCACUUCAGCCCCUCAAAAUGGACAUUGGAGCAGCCCAGCCCCCCGCCAAUGCCUCUCCCGAACGAAAGGCGCUGGCGGUCAAGAGCCACAAUACUCCUCACCGAGCUGCACCUCCACCACCUCCAAAGAUGUCUGUCGUUGAGACGGCAACCAAGACAGCCGGCGCUGCCGCCACCGCUCAAGCCAGCAAGAAGCGGGCAAUCCUGCUCAGAGUCAACGACAGAGUAUACACGAGAAUAGAGUGCGUCGGGCGGGGAGGAUCCUCAAAGGUGUAUCGGGUCUCGGCCGAGAACGGCAGCAUGUACGCCCUGAAACGCGUAUCGAUCGAGAACGCCGACGAGACGACGGUCAAGGGCUUCAAGGGCGAAAUUGACCUGCUGAAGCGACUGACAGGGGUCGAUCGCGUCAUUCAACUAUACGACUGGGAGCUGAACGAGGAGAAAAAGAUGCUUAGCUUGCUUAUGGAGAUAGGAGAGCUGGAUCUUUACACGCUCUUCAAGUCACGGGUUAGCUCGGAGGGGCACAAGCUGGACCUGGUGUUCGUCAAGUUUUUCUGGAAGGAGAUGCUCGAGUGUCUUGCCGCCGUCCACGCGAAGGACAUUGUGCACAGCGAUCUCAAACCGGCCAACUUUGUGCUCGUCAAGGGGCGGCUGAAGCUGAUCGACUUCGGCAUCGCCAACGCCAUCCAGACGGACGAGACGGUCAACGUGCACCGCGAGAACCAGGUCGGGACGCCCAACUACAUGAGCCCCGAGAGCCUGAUGGACUCGAACCAGUACGCCUUCACGGUGGCCAACAACGGGCGGUUCUGCGUGCCGCCGCCCAUGCAGCAGCAGCACCGCAAGAAGCUCAUGAAGCUGGGCAAGUCGAGCGACGUGUGGAGCCUGGGCUGCAUCCUGUACCAGAUGGUCUACGGCGACCCGCCGUUCGCGCACAUCUCCCACCAGAUGGCGCGGUGCCAGGCCAUCAUCAACUGGAACCACGCCGUCGAGUUCCCCGACGCCGUGGGCGGCGUGCGCGUGCCGCCGAGCCUGGUCCGCACCAUGCGGCGCUGCCUGAACCGCGAGCAGAGGGAGAGGCCCACGUGCGAAGAGCUGCUCUCGGCCACGGACCCCUUCCUGUACCCGCAGGAGUUCGAUUCGGACGUGCUUGGCACCGGCGAGGGUAAGGCCCUGCCGGUGUCCGAGGAACUCCUGGGCCGCAUCAUCCAGAGCGUCGUGCAGCGGUGCCGCGAGAGGCUGCCCACCGACGGCGAGGCAAUGUCGGCUUGGCCGAUGGCCUAUUGGGCCAGUAUCAAAAAGACGGUUGGGGCGAGGGAGCCGAGGCCGUGAGGCUGUGGCUUGCUGUGUUUUGUCUGAAAAGUCUGGACAAUGCUCUGUUGGAGAUGCGGAAUUCCGUUGGAUAGGUCUGGUGUGGGCGGGCGGUGGUUUGGUGGAGAAGGUUUUAUCCUUCCCUUUCUUUUUU